CAGGCGGCGGCGGCGAUGCGGCGGCCCCGCUGAGCCCGCCAGCUCCGGGCGCCGGGGGCCGGCCGCGCGAGGCGGCCCGGGCCGGGCGGCAGCAUGCGGAGCGGCGAGGAGCUGGACGGCUUCGAGGGCGAGGCCUCGAGCACCUCCAUGAUCUCGGGCGCCAGCAGCCCGUACCAACCCACCACCGAGCCGGUGAGCCAGCGCCGCGGGCUGGCCGGCCUGCGCUGCGACCCCGACUACCUGCGCGGCGCGCUCGGCUGCCUCAAGGUCGCCCAAGUGAUUUUGGCCCUGAUUGCGUUCAUCUGCAUAGAGACCAUCAUGGAGUGCUCCCCGUGUGAAGGCCUCUACUUUUUUGAGUUUGUGAGCUGUAGUGCAUUUGUGGUGACUGGAGUCUUGCUGAUUCUGUUCAGUCUGAACCUUCACAUGAGGAUCCCCCAGAUCAACUGGAACCUGACAGAUUUGGUCAACACUGGACUCAGCACUUUCUUUUUCUUUAUUGCUUCGAUUGUAUUGGCUGCUUUAAACCACAAGACCGGAGCAGAAAUUGCUGCCGUGAUAUUUGGCUUCUUGGCAACUGCGGUGUAUGCGGUGAACACGUUCCUGGCAGUGCAGAAAUGGAGAGUCAGUGUCCACCAGCAGAGCACCAGUGACUACAUCCGAGCCCGCACGGAGUCCAGAGACGUGGACGGUCGCCCCGAGAUCCAGCGCCUGGACACAUGAGCCCACCUGCCAGAGCCCUCCUCCCUCUCAUCCUUGUGCCCAUCCUUUCAACCAAGUUUUCUUUCCCUCGUCACGUCAGAUUUUCCUGUGAUUAAGCUGAAUUUUGUCCUCUUUGGUAGAAGUUCCUUCUGGGAAACGGUUUUCAGAAUGGCCCUGUCGGUGGGUCUGCGAGGCGGGGAGCCCCAUACCCAGCUGUUGAGACAGAGGCGGGAGAGAGGGGCCUCACAGGCUGCCAUGUCUCUUCAAGGUCCUCACUGUCCCCGAGCACAGGCUUCACAUCUGGCUCUGAGCCACCCUGUCAUAGGUUUUUGUGACAAGUCAAGACUUUGGAUUAAUGGGAGCUGCUAGGAGGGGUAAAAAAUCAAGGCAUGAAGGUGCAGGGUUGGAAGAGUCAGCAGCAAUCGCUGGGCAGGCCCCUCGAGGGCCGCAGGGCAGCGCGUGGUCCUGCUACCUGGACCCUCCCCUGCUCCUCGUCUUCCAUCCCUGGGCCGUCGAGACGGCCAGCACAGGCCCGGAACACCGCGGGAGACGCUGAGGGCUUGGCCACGGGUGUGCUGGUGGAGCUGUUUGCCGGGUCUGGACUCUACGGGGAUGGGAAGAGCUGCUGUGCCCUUGGCACAGCUCGGCAGGCCUGCUGCCCUGCGGGAAGGUCGCCCCUCGUUUCCUGCCCUGCUGAGAAAUCACUCGAUUGUUCCUCCAGUGCGUCACCUCCCCGACUCCCACGUCCCCUCCUCCAGGAAUAUGGGAGCAUCUUGUUUUCCAGUUUGCUCCCCACCCUUACUACUUGGAGGCUGAAUUGCAGACUUCCUGCAAUUUUACCUUCUCAGGUAAAAGUCACACAUAAAAAAAUACAAUCCAUUCCAGCAGCUAGAAUGCUUGCCCAUUUGCUGGCUUCAUGGACCACAGGUGGGGACCCACCUCUGUUUUAGGGACGUGUGCUCAUUUUUGAAUGCCUGAGGACAGUUGUAAAGUGAUUCUGAGUAGGUUGGUGUAGGAUUUGAAAAUACUUGAAUCUCCACCACGACACACCCUUUCUCUGCUGUUCAGAAGGCACAGGCUGUAGCUUUUGUGCCUCAACGUCCGCGCUAUGGACACUGAUCUCGGAAGUUGUUGGGAAAAAUUCUAGUUACGUCAGGUUUCAGAUGGAUUCUUGAGAAAGUGAAGGUUAUGUGGUGAGCGUGUUCAACGAGCCCCUCUGAUGCUGUAGUGUUUUUUGUCCUUUGCAUUUUUCCUGUUGGAGACUAAUUGUAUCUUUCACGGAAAAAUGGUUUUACCUUGUCGGGUUUUCCCUCUCUGAACUGUUGUUAAUGUUUACAAAGCUCCUUCCCGCUCUACUAGUCUGCGUUUAGCCAUCCCCCCGGGAGGAGACCCGUCCUGCUCGGGGGACGAGUGUGCAGCCCGGGGAGAGCCCCCGGGACCUCGCCUAGCAGUGGUGGAGGGCGCUGUGUAAGAGGGGAGCAAACGUGAGUGUGCCGGGCGGUGGGGGGGCACAGCGCGUGUGAGAAGGCGUCCAGCGCAUCUGAUUUCCCAGUGCAGGUCCCCCUGCUUGGCCUGCGAUUCCACGGCUGAAGGGUCGGGGCGAGGGGUGAGCCCCUUGGACCGGCCGCCUGGUACGAUCCGAAUUCUGUGGCUCCUUUCCGGGGCAGCGGCCCAGGUCACACGUGCGAGCUCCUCGUCCGCAUCCGGGGUGGCGGGCUGCCCGUGCAGACCCCCUGCUCCCACGCCACGCGGGUCCGAUCGAACCCCCUGCCCGUGUGUGUGUGUGUGUGUGUGUGUGUGUGUGUGUGUGUGUGUUGUGAGGCCACGCCAAUCGUGCGUCGCAGACUUUGAACUUAGUAGAUGUAGUGACUUUGGAGGAGAUUAUGACAUCUGGAUUUUAUCUGUUCAUUUUGUGUAUUUAUUUUGCAUUUGUUGAGUGUGUCUGCAUCAUCAACAAUGGGCUCAUCUCCCUCUGAGAGUUCCAGUUAGAAACAGGGUCACAAAGACUCAGCCUUGCAUUCAGCGGGGCCCACUUGGAAGGACCACCCUGAACUUUAUCAGAAAUCUGUUGGGAAUCAUGUUACUUGGCCUCAAUAAAAAGCCGCCUUUGAAGUGAGAUCGAAAAAAAGAAUACCACUCAGGCAGGAUUGUUGCCCAAGUUUUCCCAAGUCACUGCAAUAAAACCAGUUUAUCAUCCGGUGAAAAAGGGCCUAUUGGUCUCCUGAGGAUGUGUUGAAAGCUGCAAGAAAGGUUCUGAAGCCCAUCGAAACUGUAAAUGCUUACAGGUGAUAAAAAGUGAUGGUACCUUGUGCCACAGAGGGACUUACAGUCAAUUUGCAUCGUAGUGUAGAAUCUUUGGAAUUAUUUAUGUCCCUGUAACUAUUUAAUAUCCUUUGUGCCAUGAGGCUCCCCCAUGGUUUUUGUAAAUAUAUUUCUUAAUAUUUAAUUAGCUCCCAGGACAACCAGCAGUGGCCAGGCCCACUCUUGGCUCUCUAACCCAGGGGACCCGGUGACGCUCGUGUGGCGUGAGCGCUCGUGGAGGGAAUUUGGCUGUCUAGGGCGAGUGUGACGACGCUUGCAUUUUCCUUGUGUUGCCUCUGUGUACAAACAGGACAAUCUAGAUUGGGGGGGCGCUUACCAGGACUUUUUUUUUUUUUCCCAAAUUGAAAGAAGCCUAUUUGUGCAUUUAAUAGUUCCAAUAUGGACCACAUCCCUAUGGUUUGGGGCAUUUUAAGGCUGAGGCAAUCUUAGUGUUUCUCAAUUUUCUGGUAGGAUGAUGCUGGCGUUCAUAGUGGGUGCCAGACUUGAUGGGAACUGCAGUUGCUGUGUAAAUUGGAAUUUGUUCCUGGACACUGUAUGGUUGAAACCCACAAAAAUUUGGUGGAACCUCUGGGGUGGUUUGAGAUGGGUGCAAACACUGACGUCUUCAGAGAAAGUUGAUAUUGGCACUGAUUUGGUUGAUGUGGUAUUUUUUUUCCCUCUGAUUCUCCUGUAUCCUUUCGCACUGCUGAAGGCAUUGGGGGGAGAGGUCUUCCCCUUGCAAACAGAGACAGGACAGUCAUGGAGGCCCAAAGACACUCAUUGGCCUCACAGAAAGCCAGGGAAGGACGAAGGCAGUCACAGAUUAAAAUCUCACCGGAGAAGUUUGAUGUAUUUUAUUUUAGAUUUUUACUCUGUGCAGCAACACUUAUCCAAGAGAGAUGACCUUUGCCUACCAAAAGGCAGGGAUGGAGUAGCCUGUCCAGUCCCAAUGCCUCGUCUUCCUCGGCAAGCUGAGCUGAAGUGCCAGUAUGGGCAGAGCCCCGCCUGGCCACGCUGAAGCCGGCAGCGGGGAGAGGGGGAGACCCCAGCCCGGCUCUGAGGGCUCGGCUCUGGGAGGCAGACCCCACCCCCAGCCCUCAGGGCACCGUGACAGUCGCGUGGCACGGACGCUUUUGCGUGUGGAUAGGCAUGAAGUCAGUCCGAUGUGUCGGAUGCUUCUGGUGAGAGCUUUUGACUCCGUUGAAAACAUGUCUACUCGCUUGAAGUUUUCAGUUUCAUCUGCCUUUCUGUGGAGCUCUCUUAGUGAUUGAAACUUUCGUUAAGCCAAAGGCAGUCCCUUGGGGAGAGGAAGCACUUUUGUCUGCACAUGUGUGUGAAUUCUUGCACCCAGCAAGCCUGGAAUAACGCCUCGGUGUGUCACGUCCUGUGUGGCCCCAGCUCACCUUCUCUUGUAAACAUUCAUGUGAUCUUUGGGAAGAAAUUCCUCACCCUGCCAUGUGUUUAAGAGGUGGACCAAGUUCUAAUCUCUGGCUGUGGAAGAUUUUCUGUAGGUUCUCAGAACUGGCCUUAACAGAUGAAUAGUGUGUGGAGGCAGUGUGUGGCCAGUUCAGUGAUUCUGGAAGGCAAUGAUGAUUUAAGUGGUCCCCAUUGUGCCUCCAUGUUCAAAACCAAGCAACCAUGAAGUCAUCUUGCCACUGCUUGUCAUUUUCUCCAUAUCUUGUUUAUAGGAAAAUAAUGACAUUAAACGGGUAGCAAAAGGCAGGAAAAAAAAAAGCACUUUCUAGGCUGAAGGCUACUGCUGAUUGAUUCUCUCUAGCAAAAUAAGAAGUUGCUUCUUGCCCCUGGAACUGUCAUUGGUUUGUGAGGGCCCCAGACGUUUUUUUUAGUUCCUAGUGAACUUUGCAGAACCCGGGGGUUCUGUCUUCAAGUCUUUCUUACUUUAUCAGCACCCACUCUAAGGACCAGCUGGGCGACAGGCUGGAGAGGUGGGGGCAGAGGCAGGUCUGGGAGCUGAGAAGAGAGAGGGGCUCAGUACACCCAGACUGUGUCCUGGGGGACCCUUCAUCACACCACACGUGGUGACUGACCCAGGACAUUUUGAAAGAAUGUACUUGGUGAACUACCUUCCUGUCCUCUAGCUUUGGGAAAAAAUGAGGUCUUGGUGUUUGGAAUCAGCCUGAGAACAAAAGCUGGAUGUUGGGACCAGUCUGCCUUGGCGCUCUGGAUGGGCUCUUGGUGUCUUGUUGAGUCUGGACAGGGUGACUCAGAUUCUGGUUUGGGUGCCUAGAGAGGAUGCAGGCCUAACGCCUGCCUGCCUUGAACUUUGCAAACCUUCCUGGCUUUUUAUAAGAUCUUGUUUCCUCUCUUCUCAGAUAUUACUGAGACCAUAAGAACUGUCUGGUUGAAAAGGUAAUUUGAAAUAUUUGACCCUGUACAUUGCUUUUAUUUAGAAACCACCUCUGACAGAAAACACCCUCAAUAUCUGUUAGAUCUGGAAUUUUCUUCUGAAAAUGAAUGUUCGAGUUGACUUUUCCUUAUACCAGUAAAUGGCAUUUAUACACUCUUAGGCUUGAAACAGAGGAAUGGGUCCUGAUGUGUUUUCCCUUCUUUGGUCUAGAUUAUAUUUUUAUUCCAUUUGGAUAUCAUUGCUCAACCUUGGGGAUUUUUUCUCCCUCUUUCUAGUUUUUCUUAUUCCAUAAACAGUACAGAAAAAAGUUACCUACAAGCCCACUGAGCUUGAAUCACUGGCAACUUGCCUAGAGUAAAAUUUAGAUUAUGGAUCCUUUUAUAGUGCAUCUUUUUCAUAGGGUUAGUUUGUUGUCCACAUUUUUAUGCCAAGACUUUAAUUCAGGUGACUUGCUUAUUAGACACCGGGGAGUGGCAUGUUUUCUUUGGGAUGCAUUGUACACAAAGGCCAGAGAGCCUUCAUUAAGGGGUUAAUAGCCUGGACCGUACUGAACUAUCAGAACUUUUAUGGUUCUAGUGGAACUUGUCUCAAACGACCUUAAUCAGCUUUGUUGAUGGGAUUAGGGCGAGGCCCGAAGUUUCUUUUCCUAAUUAUGCCUCAGAGGAGAGAAGAUGUGACACAGUUGAUUCAGGCGAUGGUUUGUAUGGGACUUGGUCAUAGUUUGAACCUGUCAAAUCUGAGUUGUCUUUGGAGGACACUGCUAAAUCCCAGUAGGAAGCACCCCGCUUUACCAGGGAAUGAGGACAGUGUGGGGGCCUGGUGUCCAUGCCAGUUAGGGCCAGGUCUAACUCAUGGCUGCCUCCCUCUGUGGGCCAUUUUGCUUUCCUGCCUUUUCCAGAAUCGGUUUUGCAAGUUUUGAGACUCUGUUCCCCUGCAGAAGCAAGGAAGGCAAAUCAUUAAGGGUUAAAGGGGGAACUGACUGGUCCAAGGCUGGGGGAGGGCCAGCUCCCUGGGGGAAGACGAGAGCAGGAGGCCCGGAUGGACCCCCAAGCUGGCCCAGACCCACACAGGGGCUGCCUACUUCCAGCGAGUUCACUCUGUAACCCAAAAUGGGUUUUCCAAUCCUGCCUCAUGAUGAAACUGACGUAUGUGGAUAAAACCAGUGCUUUUAAUAACUUGAUUUUGAUGUGGUUCCCUCGGAGAGAAUGUAGGGAUUGAAACUAUUUGUAUAUGUUGAAGUUUGUAGGGGUUCAGGAACCCGUGGCAAAAACACUUAACUAUUUAUUACAGGUAUGACUGUAUGUUUUUUUUUUCCCCAAAGUAGAUAAUUCUCUCUUUGUAUAUUUUAAGACAAAUAAUAAUCGCUUCACCUUCGGUGCCUUCCGUGUGUCAGUCACAUAAACACUUGUCAAUCGUGGAAUUGAAAAAAAAGAUGUACAUUUAGUUAAACCAGAUGACACUAUUUUUGUAGCAUGAUUUUCGAUUGUGUCCUUUUAAUAUUGCUUUUAGCAAUGAUGGUUUUGAGGUUUGGCCAUUAUCCCUUUAAACUUCGUUAGGUAUUUUAAAAAAGAAAAAGAUAAAACCCCACCUUGGCUAUUCCUGUCUCCUCUCUGCUGCUUUCUCUCCCCAACGACUUGUUUCUGCUUAUUUCAACAGUCUGAGAGUAAGAGUAUAUUUCUGUGAAAUAAUUAUUAAUCAGUAUAACUGCAUUUGGCAUUUUUAAACUACUUGGUCAGCUAGAGCGAGCCACUCCUCACCUCAAACAGAAAGAGGAAAGUGGUUUCAUAAAAAAAAAUAGAUACCUGCAGUGCUCUGACUUCCCCCGCUUUGGGUCCGAAACGGCGAAGAGAGCCCCAUUUUUAACGGGCUGGUGAGGCCGAGGGCCUUCUCGGGCCUGGUGUCUUCCGGGACCUGCUCAGGCCACCCCUCCCGCUCUGCUGCAGGCUUCCCUCUGCCCGCCAGAGACAGGCUGCCCGGGUGGCCUCCGCCGGCUGGCCUUCUCCUGGGACCUCACAUUGGAUUAUGGAUGUGCCAGGUGGGUUCCGUGGCCCUCUCUGGUUUUCUGCCCGGACAAAAUAGAUGCCCUGCUAUGAGGAGCUUGAUGAAAUCGAGCCUCGGCUAACACUCUAGCUACUCCUUCGGCUUUCCCACCCCCAUAGGACCCGGGUUCUGUCCAGUCAAGAAAAAUCUCGAGUAAACUAGCUGAGCCGUUGCAACAUGAAGGAAUGGAUUUAUUGAAACAUACGAUUGUAGCUUCUUUUUUGUCCUUUUGAAGGGUAAGAAUAUGUAAUUAAUUUAACAAAGGAAGUCAAGUCAGAUGGCUAAUAACUCUAAUAUGAUUAUUCAUUGUUACUUGGCCCGGUGGCACUUUGGGGGGCAAUGUUAAUUUAAUAACUAUUACAUUUUGCUUCUUAAAAGUCUAUUUCCUUUACUAGUUUGGACACAGCUUUGGGGCAUUCUGAGGUGAUGCCCUUUUGGCACAUGUUGGUUUAUGCUGUUGGUGGGUCUCCUGGCUUCUCAAACCCUGGCUCGUGGGUUUGACUCUAUCCAUUUGGAGUGGUUUUGGGGCCCCAAAGUCUUUGCUCCUGGUGGUUUGUCCCUGACAGCAGAUAGAGCCUCACAUUGCCCUCAAUUUUGCCCCUUUAUUUCUUUUGAAGGACCUAUUUUUCAUGGUACUUGUCCUGAUUGUUUUCAUAGUGUUCAAAUCUGUAUUUUUGUAUGUAGAGGGAAAUAAUUUUCUCAACACUAAUCGCUAAUAAAUAUUGUAUUAAAUCGUCAUGAAGGAGUUCUUGUUUAAUAAAUGGACACGUAAAAGUGGCAUUGUCUCUGUCCUCUGAUUUCCCUUCUGUCCCUUCAAAGGCUGUGGACCCCAUUCCCGAAACAGGCCUGGGAGGUGGAGGCUGAACAAAGUCCGUGUCCACGAAGAGAGGCCACGGGAUGGGUGUCGACAGGCAGUGUGGCUGGCUUAGCUGGGCAGGCAAGGAGGAGCAGAAACCCCCGCCGUGUACCCCUCUCGGCGUCUGUACGCUCAACUUUCAGACAGGUUUUCGAACGUGUGCAAAAGUCGGGGCAGAAUGCCUGGGCCAAAGGCUGACCCAGGAUCCUCCCAGGCGUCAACUCCGAGGUCUCUCAUGCAACCAGUUUCCAAACCACGAGAGCCCCAGGUUCUGGCUACCUCAGAGGUGCCUGGGUCGUUACCCUGAUGCAUAAGUGAGAGGGCCCAGGGCCCCCUCAAAGGGGCUCUGGUGACCUGGGCAAGUUCCUGAACCUUUUGUUAGUCUUCUGGACUGUGAGCCAGGAUUG